CUUGCAUAUGCUUAAUAUUUUCCAGAUCGAGUAUUUGGCCCUACAACUACAACACGGCAUGUGUAUGAUGUUGCUUCACAGCAUGUUGUCAGUGGUGCUAUGGGAGGAGUCAAUGGUACAAUCUUUGCAUAUGGAGUUACAAGCAGUGGGAAGACCCACACCAUGCAUGGUGAUCAGAGGUCUCCAGGCAUUAUACCAUUAGCUGUAAAAGAUGCUUUCAGCAUCAUUCAAGAGACUCCAAGUCGAGAGUUUCUUCUCCGUGUCUCAUAUUUGGAAAUCUACAAUGAGGUUGUUAAUGAUUUGUUAAAUCCAGCUGGACAGAAUUUAAGAAUUCGAGAGGACUCUCAGGGAACCUUUGUCGAAGGAAUAAAGGACGAAGUUGUAUUGUCCCCAGCUCAUGCCCUCUCCCUGAUUGCAGCAGGAGAAGAGCACAGGCAUGUUGGUUCAACAAACUUCAACUUACUCAGCAGCAGGAGUCAUACAAUAUUCACGCUGACAAUAGAGAGUAGCCCUUAUGGUGAAAAUUGUGAAGGCGAGGCUGUUACCUUGUCCCAGCUGAACCUCAUUGACUUGGCAGGUUCUGAGAGCUCAAAGGCCGAAACAACAGGUGUGCGCCGGAAAGAGGGAUCCUAUAUCAAUAAAAGCUUGCUAACUCUUGGAACUGUCAUUUCAAAAUUAACAGAUGGGAGAUCUGCACACGUACCAUAUAGGGACUCUAAAUUGACAAGGCUUCUUCAAUCUUCACUAAGUGGUCAAGGACGCGUAUCUCUAAUCUGCACUGUUACCCCCUCUUCAAGCAAUUCAGAAGAAACACACAACACAUUGAAGUUUGCACACCGUGCAAAGCAUAUUGAAAUUCAAGCAUCACAAAAUAAGAUAAUCGAUGAGAAGUCACUUAUCAAAAAAUACCAAACUGAAAUUCGUUGUUUGAAGGAAGAACUAGAAAAACUGAGAAGAGGCAUAGUCACAGUUCCACAAGCAAAAGAUACCGGAGGAGAUGAUAUUUUGCUCCUAAAACAGAAGCUAGAAGAUGGUCAAGUCAGAUUGCAAUCUAGAUUGGAACAAGAGGAAGAAGCUAAAGCCGCUUUAAUGGGCAGAAUACAGCGGCUUACAAAAUUGAUUCUUGUAUCAACAAAAGCUUCACCAUCAUCAAGAAUUCCUCACCGCCCAGGACCAAGGAGAAGGCAUUCCUUCGGAGAAGAAGAGCUCGCUUAUCUUCCACAUCGAAGGCGAGAUCUGAUCUUGGAUGAUGAAAACGACUUGAAUGAUUCUCUUGAUGGCAGUGCUGAAAAUACUGAUGACACAUUAAAAGAAGAGAAACGUCCCAAGAAGAAUGGAUUGCUCAAGUGGUUGAAGUUAAGGAAACGAGAUAGUGGUACUGGGACCUUUGCAAGCUCCAGUGACAAAUCAAGCGGAAUGAAGUCAACAAGUAUACCUUCAACGCCUCAAGCUGAAAGUAUUAAUAUUCAUAUGGAAGCAAGACAUCAACAUUCUUUACUCAUAGAAACUGCUCCUUCUGAUGUCCAUUUAUCUGAUGCCAGAGAGAAUGAAGACGUCCUCCCUGAUGAUGACUUUUUGGGACAAGAGUCUCCACUGACCAGCAUGAAGACUAUGGAUCAAAUUGACCUUCUGAGAGAACAACAAAAGAUCUUGUCUGGUGAAGUGGCGCUUCACACGAGUGCUCUAAAACGUUUAUCCGAGGAGGCUGCACAAAAUCCUAGGAAAGAGCAUCCCCAGGCGGAGAUGAGCAAAUUGAAUGAAGAAAUCCGCAGAAAGAAUGAACAAAUAGCUUCACUGGGCAAGCAAAUUGGAGAUUGCAUUGUUUCUACUCAUGAUAAAAAGGACAACUUCCAAGAAUCACAAUCUGUGUCUGAACUGAUGGAACAGUUAAAUGAGAAAUCAUUUGAACUUGAGGUCAAAGCUGCAGAUAAUCGAAUAAUCCAAGAGCAACUUAACCAAAAGAUCAUGGAAUGUAAGGAGUAUCAGGAAACAAUUACCACCUUGAGACAACAGCUCUCUGAUACUUUAGAGCCGAAAAACUGCAGCCCAUUGAGUAGUCAUUCACAACGCUUUUUGGAAACCAAAGGUUUGCAGGUAGAACUUCAUACGGGCAAAAAAAAUGCUGUCCUGAAAGAUGGAAAUGGAACAUUGCUUCUACAAGCUCAGGCGAAUGAAAUUGAAGAACUAAAAAGGAGAAUCACUUUAUUAACUGAAUCGAAAGAGGAAUUAGAGCUACGCAACAAUAAACUGGCAGAGGAGAGUUCAUAUGCGAAGGGAUUAGCAUCUGCUGCUGCUGUUGAGUUAAAGGCUCUGUCUGAGGAAGUUGCAAAACUGAUGAAACACAAUGAAAAAUUAGCUGGUGAGCUGGAAGUGCAAAAAAAUUCUCCGACACAGCGCCGUAACACUAUUUCCAACAGGAAUGGCAGGAGAGAUAGUCAUGUGAAACGACAUGAGCAAAGUCUGUUGGCCUCAGAUAUGAAGAGAGAAAUGGCCCUGAGCCGUGAAAAAGAGCUUUCAUACGAAGCUGCUCUAGCUGAAAAGGAUCAAAGAGAAGCUGAUUUACAUAGGAAAGUUGAAGAAUCUAAACAAAGAGAAGCCUACCUAGAGAAUGAACUCGCAAACAUGUGGGUUCUCGUGGCAAAGCUAAAAAAGUCUCAAGGAGUUGAAAACGACUAAUCAAAAAGAGAAGCAUAGGAUAUCUGAUGACUUUCAGAUAUGAAAUAUUCAGAUGCCAAUGUAAAGAUUUUAGUAGAUAGUAAUUGUAAGUACAGACUGAAGACACAAAUUUUUCCUUGCUAGCUGGGGGGAUUGGGUUAUGCAUUGUAAAGUUGAACCCUUCGUUUUGUUUUUUGCUUUUCGACCCUAAUUCCAAAUUUGUUCUGUUUCAGCUCA